AUGAUACUUUCUGUUUUGUCGAGCCCUGCUUUGGUCUCUGGUUUGAUGGUUGCACGUGCUAAAAAUCCGGUACAUUCCGUUUUGUUUCCCAUCCCAGUCUUUCGCGACACUUCAGGUUUACUUCUUUUGUUAGGUCUCGACUUCUCCGCUAUGAUCUUCCCAGUAGUUCAUAUAGGAGCUAUAGCCGUAUCAUUCCUAUUCGUUGUUAUGAUGUUCCAUAUUCAAAUAGCGGAGAUUCACGAAGAAGUAUUGCGCUAUUUACCAGUGAGUGGUAUUAUUGGACUGAUCCUUUGGUGGGAAAUGUUCUUCAUUUUAGAUAAUGAAACCAUUCCAUUACUACCAACCCAAAUAAAUACGAACUCUCUUAUAUAUACGGUUUAUGCCGGAAAGGUACGAAGUUGGACUAAUUUGGAAACAUUGGGCAAUUUACUUUAUACCUACUAUUUCGUCUGGUUUUUGGUUCCUAGUCUAAUUUUAUUAGUUGCCAUGAUAGGGGCUAUAGUACUUACUAUGCAUAGGACUACUCAGGUAAAAAGACAGGAUGUUUUCCGACGAAAUGCUAUUGAUUUUAGGAGGACUAUAAUGAGGAGGACGACAGACCCACUCACGAUCGACUAA